ACCGUUUAAGGAAUCAGGAGGAAUUUCAGUGCGUACAGGCCAAGGAUGCGAGCUUAACCUGAACGCUCGUGAUCUUCCAUCCCUCAGACGGCGCCGCAUCAAGAACCUCCGCUCAACACUAGCUGAUAUAACCACACAGAAGCGGCGUCGACUUCUCCGGGCUCGGAGGCAUCCAGGAUGGACCGUCACACAGCGGGAACGUGCCUCGUGGCCAGAUGAAUCGGCAUUCCAGGUCUUUUUUUGACGAACUACAUUACCCAUAGUUCUGAGCGGCCCUCGGCGUGGGCUGGGCGUGGCCUCGAUGACAGGUGCAGUUUAAAGUCGUGGUUGCGGCUCUUCCAGCUUCACUCUCAUUCUUCCUCCUCCUACGGGUGCAGUCGUGUUCCAAGUGCCUAAAGCUUAUCGCGUUGGAUUUGAGCAGAUCCCGAAACAAUGGCUGGAAGAGGAACUAUCAAGGCCCAGAGUGGAUUUAACGCCAACACUGAUGCCCAGGCUCUCCACAAGGCCAUGAAAGGACUGGGCACCAAUGAAGAGGCCAUCCUGAAGCUUCUAACGGCCCGCAGCAGCGCUCAACGGCAGCAGAUCAAGGCCGCCUACAAGACCCUGCGUGGCACGGAUUUGGUGAGCGAUCUGAUGUCGGAGCUGGGGGGGAAGUUGGAGGGUCUGAUCGUGGCGCUGUUGUCCGCGCCUACCAAGUACGACGUGGAGUGCCUGAAUUAUGCUAUCAGGGGUGUAGGCACCAGUGAGAACAUUCUGAUCGAGAUCCUGGCAUCUCGAACCACCAACGAGGUCCAAGAGAUCAACAAGCUCUACAAGCAGGAGUACGGGAAGAGCCUGGAGCAGGAUGUGUGUGGUGACACCGCUGGAGCCUUCGAGCAGAUGCUGGUCAUUUUGAUUCAGGCCAACAGACAGCAGGGCGUACAGGAGGCCACCAUACCGGCGGACGCUAAGGCCCUCCUCGACGCAGGGGAGAAGAAGUUCGGAACCGACGAGGAGCAGUUCGUUACUAUUUUGGGAAAUCGCAGCGCCGAGCAUCUUAGACGAGUGUUCGGCGAGUACACCAAGCUGAGCGGGUUUCAGAUCGAAGACAGCAUCAAGAAGGAAACUUCCGGACCCCUGCAAGAAGUUCUGCUGGCUGUGGUGAAGUGCGCCCGCAGCGUUCCCGCCUAUCUGGCCGAGUGUCUGUACAACUCGAUGAAGCAGGGCUCCGGGACCGACGACCAGACGCUGAUGCGCAUCAUGGUGUCCCGUAGCGAGAUCGACAUGCUGGACAUACGGGCCGAGUUCAAGAAGAUGUUCUCCACCUCUCUCCACAAGAUGAUAACGAACGACACCUCCGGCGACUAUCGUAAAACCCUGCUCCUGCUGUGCGGCGGCGACGACUGAAGCAGGCGUUCAAUAUUGUACCAGUUUCAUACAGUUGGUGUAAUAAAAUGCUACUAAUCAUGAUGAGCAAUAACAUCUGGGCCUGGGUGGCCAACACGGUGCCAAGAAAAAAAAUUGCAUUUGUAUUUUUUUUUUCAUUAAACAAACAGUAAAAAUUCCACAA